AUGAGUGCAUCACGUCGCAUGCCCAAAUUUGAACAGGCAGGAAAGUUCACGGGCGAAAACCAAUCAGCUUCGAGAUGGCUCCGGAGGAUUAAACUCGAUCUUGCUGCCGACAACCCCGAUACUAUCUCAAUUUCCAUGUAUUUAUGGGCUAUUGAUGUUUUGUUGGAAGGACCUGCAGCACAUUGGUGUGAUUCUGUCCCCAAGAUCAAAGAUAUCUUGGAGAAUUACGACAAGGCAAAUAUGUCCGAGGUCAAAUGGUUGGAGGGUGAGCUGAUAAAGCAAUUUCCUGGGAAUUUCGUCCCUCCUCCUGUGGAUCGCGUGAUUAGGAGCCGUUCACAUAGUCUAGAGGCAAGCUCGGACUCAGGUAGCACUGCAACAAGGCUAGGAAAGAUGUAUAUUGGGGAGAAACCCAAACCUUGGAAUCAAAGGCGAGAAGCACCACAAGUUUCCGAAGUGCAACAGAGAAUUCGGUACCAUGACGAUGGACAAUACAAACGUGGGUCACGACAAAACCCCGCAGAAGGAAAUGUCAUUGAUGAAUACAAAUUCAAUGACAAACCCACGACUGCACCGAGGUCUCCAAAAUACCACAAUCAGCAGUACCACAGCUCUACAACGUCUGGCCAAACACCGCAAGUCUCCAAGAGUUACAAUACUAAUCGAGCCCAACCACCCCCAUCUCCAAAAGGCAUCCUGAAAAGAAACACAAGCUAUUACCGGCAGCCAAUUACCCGUUCUCACAGCAGCCAAGACCACCCAAACGUCCGCUACUCAAGAGCUAGAAGUCCCCCUCCCAUUCAAAGUAAUCGUGAUACAGACCAAUAUCGAAGGCCUGGAACGCAACAGCCCCAACAAUUACCAGAUGCCCAUCAUCCAACUGGUCCAUCUCGCCCUCCUGUAUCGAGGUCGAUGUCUCAGAGUUCAAGAACUCCUUAUCAGGGAGUCACAAUAGUACCAUCUAAGUCUCCAAAAAGGAGUUGGUCCUAUGUGCCAUCUAGCUCUUCCCGGUCCACUCGCUAUCCAGUCCAGAAGUCGCCUAAUAAUGAACGGGAUCCAUUACCGAAUCCAAGACGAUCAGACUCGACAUCUAGUUCUUGGAAAACAUCAAAUACGGCCAUUGCUACACUUGAGCAUCGUCGUCAAUCAUCAGCUCUGUCUCCUCGGAAGCCGGAAUUUGAACGCAGAACGACAUAUCCGAAAAUGGGAGGAGAAUGGCGAUGA